AGUCCCACUAAGCAUGAUCACCACGUGAUGCCCAUAUAAGGAAGUAAAGGACCUAAGCAGUCCCACUUAGCAUGUUCACCACGACACCCCCACCUGAAAUGACGAUAUCGUAGCUGUGAUCCGGACAUCUGUUCCAGCACAGGAUCUAGUUCUACACUACUACACAGUCUCUGAGGACAAUGUCACUCAGGAUGAUGCCCUGGAGAGCUUCACUAUGAUAACGGAGAGCUUGGAGUUUAGUGAGACUGGGGAUGUUGCGGUGGGUUGUGUUGUCAUAGUGAUGUGUGUCGUCGCGCUGCUAGGUAACAGCUUAUCUGUAGCGUACUUCUGGGAACAAAGGCGCAAAACAAUCUACCCUCUCCUCUACAGCUUCAUGAGCAUACUCGACAUCACCUCAUCCCUGGUCUCCCUUCCGGUCAUUGUCACACUCUUCAGUUCCCGUGAUCCUGUGAUGUUUGGUAACGGAGCCUUCUGUCUCAUCUGGACCGUUCUGUUUUACUAUCUUCUCAGGAUUUCAAUCUUCCUGGUUCUUCUCAUCAGUGUGACUCGGACAAUGGGAAUGACACUGCCAAUGUACAAGACAAAGCAGAGAACUGUGUUGUUGUCACUGGCGGCUUACUCCGCAAUCAUUCUGAUUGUAGACACAGUAUAUCUGUCCACUGGGAUGCUGCGGAUGAGGUACCGGGAGAAGGAGGCAUUCUGUGAAAUGUUCGAACCGGAGGAUCUAAAAAAGUACACCACCACAACCUCUAUCUAUUUCAUCUUCAUAAAACUGGAGAUAAUCGUCCCAUCAGUUUUAAUCAUCAUUAGUUUUAUAGUGGGAACAAUGGCGCUAGUGCGGCGGAUUAAGUGCUGUAAGAAGAUGAAGAAAGAUGAGAGCCAGUUUAGGGAUGCUUCUGUUACAGUGACCCUCUUUACAGCUACCUACUUGGUGUGUUACCUGCCGUGUUUGUGUUUGGAGGUGCUUUAUUUUGUCUCUUUGUUCUGGGAUACGAGAACCAUCCGGGGGACACAACAACUUCAAAUAUUACGCGCAUCUGAUCACAGUGUUCCUUCUCCCCCUCCUCAACUCCUCACUCAACCCCUGUCUGUAUCUCACAAGGAUGCCAAAGUAUAGGACCUGGAGCUCUAGGAUUAGCAUUCAGGGGAGGAAAUGGAGUUUAUUGUCAGCUAAAUCAACAACAUCGGUUUAGGAAGGUAACACGUGAUGCCCAUAUAAGGAGCUAAAUCAACAACAUCGGUGUAGCGGAGGAUAAGUGAGCAAUGCAUGAGAAAAGAUUGAGAGAUAACUGCACACCGUCCCCACCCUUAGAAUACCCUCCCCCUGACUUAGUAACCACUAGUAACCAAUAGUAACCACUAGUAACCACUAGUAACCACUACCCCCUGACUUAGAUCAUGGUUGGAGAUACGGAGUAGGUGUCAUUUUGGAAACUUAUUUUCGGAUAAAUCCUUGAUCGCCCGAGAUAAGACUUGCUUCUGAAACAACAGAACGAGUGAUACAAGCUUAGUACAUCAUUACUUACCUCUACAAAAAACUAUGAUAUUUUGUGUGCUGAUAGAACAAUCCUAUAUCGAUUUGAAAUGAUUAGUUUCCAUUUUGCAGAUUCAAAAUAAUGUUUAUAUUUUUUCUAGAAAAUUAAUUCCUUUUUGUGCAUGUUAUUUGACUCGAUUGAGAAAGUUUGUUGUGUAAUUAUUAAUAUUUGAAAAUAACUUUCGUCAGAAUUCGGUUUACCCCUUGAAGAAAUUUACUGUUCUACUCCGCAGCAAAAAAUUC